UCAUAGCACGGUGUAGGAAGUUCCACUCAGUCAGGAUAACGGUCUGGAUCAGCGAUUGUCCACUAUGUUUCUGGCUCUGCAAGAAGUUACCCUGAUCCACUCAGUCAGCUCACCUGUGUCCAAACAAGGGCCGUUAGAAGAUGAACUUCCAAAUUGCUUUUGUGGUUCUGUGUCUUUGUGGACUUGAAAUAAAUGCAUCCACAGACCCUAAAUGUCAAGACAAGAAAUUGGAGGGAGAAACUCAUACCAUUAUACUGAAGUCACCUAAACAAGAUAAAGAUUCGCUAAACUGGAAAUGCAAUGAUAAACUUAUUUAUCAAAGGAGAAGGAUGGGAAAGCCUUCUUUUUCUGUAAACGUGAACGUGAACGAACUAGGCAACCUUGAACUGACAAAUCUUAACAUUUCAAUGUCUGGCACAUACAAAGGUGAACAUUUUGGUGAAAAUGGGAAAUCAAUUACAAAGAUAGAAAAGACACUCUGUGUGUUCGCCAAGGCUCCGGUUCCAAAGUUGGUCUGGAAAUGUCCCCCUGAAGGUGUGCCUGUCCUUGAGUGUGAGCCUAAGAGCCAUCAAGGAUUUAAACUUCUAUGGAUCCGCAACAACGUCCGCACAAAUGAGGACGCCAACCCUUUGGAGCGCAAGAAGUUUAAGUCAACGGAUCGCUAUAAAUGUAGUCUAAGUAAUGAUCAAUAUGAGGGAGAUAUACAAGAAAGUGAAGAAGUCACCUUAUCAUGUGGAGACUCAGAGAAAUGGUUUGGCUAUAACAAGUGGUUGAUGUUGGCAAUCAUCGCUGGUGGUGGGUCUCUGUUGCUGAUUCUGAUCGUGUCACUUAUUGUCAUCUGCUGCAAGAACCAUCGGCGACACCGAAGGAGGCAACGAGAUGAGGAGGAGUUACGUCUGUCCAACCUGCAGUACAUCGGCACGGGUCCACGUCCGCGCCCAAAGCAGACGGCCCGGGGUCAGCCGGUGCCCCCGAUUCCUGACGAGCAGGGUUACUUCCAGGGCCCAGAGGGGGACCCCAGCCCCGCGGACCCCAAGCCCAAAAAACAACCCCGGCCUCGGGCCCCACCCCCUCCCAUGGAGGAUGAGGACGAGUUGAUCCCACCUUUACCACAGCCCAGGAGGAAGGGGCCCUAGAAGUAAAAGACCUAAGACUCUCGUUAUCUCGCCUACCUAAAAUUCAUGCUGUAUAACAGCUGUUUGUUUUCAUUCUGGGGUCUGACAUGAUGUGUGUACCUUCUAUGCAAAACAAUAAUAUUAUUAAUAAUAAUAAUAAUAAUAAUAAUAAUAUUAUGAGUAAUACAAAAAAAAGUCUCAAUUGAACUUAGAGUUGAAUUAAAAAGCGGGGAAAGGCACCCAGAACAUUUUUGUGGGUUUCUUGCCUUUUGAUUGGUGUGUACAUUCUUAAAGAAAAUGUAUUUAAUGAAUUUGGUCUCUGACAUAUGAAGCUGAAUGUUACAUUGCACGGAAGUGUUUUAGUGUGAAAAUAGAAAACAUGGAAUUUGUUUUAUGUUGUAUAUUGCUUUACAGAAUAACGUUAUUGGCGUGUUCCUUAAAAUUGCAAAAAUGAUAUACCUGUCAUUAAAGCUGUGGAAAAGUGCGUUUAAACAGGAAGCAUUUAAAAUUGCAUUUAUUUGUACAUAUAGAGAUUUUGCCAAGUAACAUUUCAUACAGGGUAGUUCAUAUUGUCAUUUUGUUAGUGCUAAAUAAAUGUCAUUGUUUUGUGCACACAUUAAUUGUAAAGGCUCUUACUGAUUGAUGACCUGGCUGGACGUUGUUAUUAUUGGUGAUCUGUCUCAGUUUGUCUCUUUUCCUGUGUUAAAGAGGUGGGGAAGCAUGCAUGCAUCUAUGCAUCCCUUUGCAAAGUAAGUGCAGUGUUUGGUACUUGUCAACUACCCUGACUGGGCCAGCGUAGUCACAGUACAUGCAAACUGCUGCUUAAAAUAAAACAAGAAGUCAACAUCUCAUCUGUAAAAGAUCAGUCUUUUAAUUUGUUAUUAGUAAUGAGUUUAUUAGUCUUCUGCAGAAGGAUCAGAAACCACACAGUGACAAGCAGUCUGUGAGAGUGGGAUGAAUUCUCUCACAGGCAGUGUCUAUUUAACAGAGUUACAGAGAUAAGAACAGCAGGGAGUAUCAGCACACUAUGCUCUCAAGGACAAAAACAACCACCCCAGUCCUUCUUAAUAUUUCACAUGGCAUGCUUUGCACAAUGACAUUGACAAUGACAAAAAAGAUAUACCUGUCAUUAAAGCUGUGGAAAAGUGCAUUUAAACAGGAAGCAUUUAAAAUUGCAUUUAUUUGUACAUAUAGAGAUUUUGCCAAGUAACAUUUCAUACAGGGUAGUUCAUAUUGCCAUUUUGUUAGUGCUAAAUAAAUGUCAUUGUUUUGUGCACACA